UGGAAAUAAAACCUAUCGAGCGCCACCAGCUGGAUAAUAUUAGGUCGGCUAUGACAACGGAGUUCAUUGAUGCGUAAAAAUUGUAAACUAUCCAACUUUAAUGUUUGCCAAUGCUACGAGUCUGUUGUUAUUAAAGUAAAUAUACCUUGUUUAGCAUUCCGCCAUGGCAGCAAAAACAACAACGAGAGCAGUGAAAAAUGUGACACUUUCGCCAGCGUUUUCUAAAGGUAAAAGCAGCACAUUGAAGGAUGUUGAAACAGAAUACAUCAAAAAUCUUCAGCAACAAAUUUAUUUCUUGGAGCUUGAAGCCGAAUAUUUAAGACAACAAACAAAGUCUGCAACUGAUAUUCAUCCCAAGAUGACACAAGAAGCUGACAGGAUGAUGUUUAAAUUGAAGGACAUGCAAUCUGACUUGGACGGAAUGAAUUUGGAAAUUUCACGAAAAGAUUCAAAUAUUUCAAUGUUGACCAAUGAGAAGAAAAGAACAUCAGCUGAACUGAAAGCAUUAGAAGAUAAUUCACGAAGAGAGAAGUCUCUUUUCACCCAGGAAAUUAUUCAGUUGAAAAAAAUGAAAGAAGUUGCAGACCGAGAUAUUUCGUUGAAAGAUUCUGAGAUUGUUCGACUUCAACAACAACUUGAACGAGUUUCAGCAGAUCUUCGACACGAGAAACAUUCAAAGAAUUUGUUGCAGUCACAGCAUGAUCAAAGAGUUGCGCAACAUUCGGAAACCAUGUCACUUCUGGACACCAAGAGACAAGAAUGUUUACACAAGGAUUCUGAAAUGCAUUAUCUUGAAGAAAAGUUUAACACAAGCACCUUAGCUAUGCAAGAUAAAAUAACAAAGGAAUUAAAGAAUGAAAUUUUAAGCCUUAGAAGAGAAUUAAGAUCUGUUGAGUUGUCCAGGAACCAAGACAGAAUAAUAAAAGACAAGAUGGUUGAAAAUGUUAGCAAGCUAACUCAAGAAAAUGCUUCACUCCACACACAAGUGCUUGAUUUGGGGAAACAACUCGAUCAUCUGCAACUCAUGGCUGAUGAAAAGGAUUCACGUGCACAAGUUUACACAAACCAGAUGUCCCAAUUACGAGGUAGUGAACAAGUUCUCAACCAUGAAGUGAAAAAGUUGCGGGAAAUGUUGGAAUUUGAACGAAACAAGUUAAGCAAACUAGAAGCACAGAUGUUGGAAGCUCAAGACGGAAUGUCGAGUGCACACUUUCACUCGAGGUCAGUACAGAGCAGGCUGGAUGAAUUGAACGGUCGAUUCACGAAAGCUGAUGAUGAUAAUGUUCAACUGAGGAAAGAUAAACUUAUUCUUGUCGAACAUAUCGCUCAACAACAAAAACAGCUUGAUUUAAAGGAAGCUGAAAUACAUCGACUGGAAAGUCACAUAUACACACUACAAACCGAUAUUUCAAUGUUGACAACGGAAAUAGACAAGAGUAAGUCAAUGCAAACCAAACAUUGGAAUGAUCUUUCAAAGGCAGCUGAGAGUUUGAAAAUUAGACAGUAACUUCCAACUCUGGCUUAAACCCCAGGUUCCAUGGCGUGCCUACCUGUAGAACCUCACUUAUAUAAACGCAUACUGGAACACGAAUUUUAUAAUUUACCCAAAAGUAGAACAGUUUUAUAGUAUGUCUAAUAGUAUUUUGAUGUCAAAUUAUCAUGGUUGAAUCGUGCCUUCUGUUUUAUUAACCCCUUGCCAAAUUUAUUUUGCACUACAUUUUUACUGAAAUGUUUUUAUUCUUGAUAAAACG